AUGGCACCAGGCGAAUCGCGCAGUUUUUGGGACGAUCGCGGGUCACGCGGAUUGAUUAAGCCUUUGCAUAAAAGAGGACACGAUUUGCGAACGCUAAUUAACGCCAUGAUUUCUGAACUCGUUCUAUUCGUAUUAGUGCUUUCGACUUUGCUUUUGGUCAAUGCAAAACCGGACGGAUAUGCACACUCNUUCCAAAAUUUUCACGGGCCAGUGAUGGGCAACGAGCAAGAAGUCACCUGGAACGACGAUCACGGACACCACCACGAAGACUAUGUCGCUCAUCCCCAUUAUGCCUUUUCGUACGGGGUCGAGGACCACCAUACGGGCGAUUAUCACGGUCAAAAGGAGCAUAGGGACGGCACAGAAGUGUUCGGGGAAUAUACUGUAAAGGAACCAGAUGGCAAUAUCAGAACAGUAAAGUAUCAGGCAGGCAAGGACGGAUUUCACGCUCAAGUGCACAACAGCCGAAGCGAUCACCAUAAUCGCGAUCAUCAUUAGCCUACGCGGCUCGAUACUACCUUCUGUCAAAUUUUAUCUUAUUCUACGCGAACUUACUUAGUUACGUACUUAGUUGUUUUAUAUCCAUUAUUUUUAUUAAAUAUAAUCGUUAAUAAACGUUUCAUU